AUGAAGCUCAGCAAUCAAGGCACGGUGCCGGUCUACACGAUUGCCGGUGCAUCUACCGCGCGACCCCUCCCAGAAUGGCUGGCGCGCAAAAGGAAGCGAAGUCUGAAGAGGGACGCUGAGUACGCGAACAGAGUCGAAUUACUGCAGGACUUCGAGUUUGAGGAAGCCAGUCAGUGUGUAAGAGUAAGCGAAGAUGGGGAGUGGGUGAUGAGUACAGGUAAGCAUUCGAUCCGCGUGUGAAGGGCGACUUUAGCGCUGAUAGCUGACAGAUGGAUUAAUGCAGGCACAUACAAACCGCAAAUACAUGUUCACUACCUCCCACAUCUGUCGCUCUCAUUCGCUCGACAUACCAACUCGCUUAACCAAAAAUUUGUGAUCCUCUCAUCAGACUAUACGAAGUCGUUACAUCUACAAACAGAUCGGUUCCUCGAGUUUCAUACAGCUGGUGGCUUGCAUUACACGACACGAAUACCGCGGUAUGGAAGAGAUUUGAAGUACAAUCGAAGGACAGCGGAGGCGCUUGUACCGGCGGUGGGCGUAAAUGGAGAUGGUAAUGGAGAGGUAUUCAGACUCAAUCUGGAGCUGGGGCGAUUCAUGAAGGGUUAUGAGGUGGAUGUCGGCGGCGAUGAUCUGGACUCGUUCGGCGGUGGCGCAUUACAAGGCGGGAUCAAUGCUGGUUCGGUCAACUGUGUCGCCAUAGCGGAGGAGAGCCAUGGCCUGCUUGCAUUCGGCACAUCGUUAGGGACAGUAGAGUUCUGGGAUUCAAGAUCACGGAAUCGCGCGAGCAUACUGGGACCGCCAGCGACAUCUGCAGGACUGGGCCUGGAUGGUCGACCUGAGGUUACGGCACUCAGCUUCCACAGCUCUGGUCUCAACCUUGCCACGGGCAACAGCAGAGGAAUUGUGCGGACAUACGAUUUAAGAUCUCCUGUACCACUACUGGAGAAGCACCAGGGCUACGACUACCCGAUACAGGAUCUUUUCUACCUGGACUCGCCCCAUGCUUCCACAAAGCUUCUCAGCUCGGAUAGAAAGGGGAUCAAGAUCUGGGACAAUGAGUCUGGCAACUACUGGACCGGUAUCGAGCCCGCUGUCGAUCUAAACAACGUCGAAUGGGUGAAGGAUUCUGGCAUGCUUCUUACAGCAAACGAAGGCAGACAACAGCAUUCAUUCUUCAUUCCACAGCUAGGUCCCGCUCCCAGAUGGUGUUCCUUCUUGGAUAACCUGGUCGAAGAAAUGGCUGAAGAUGCCGAUGACCCGAACGCCUUCAAGUCUUCCGGCACCGGCGCUGGUGAAGUGUACGACAACUACAAAUUCUUGGACAUGAAGCAACUGCGCGGGCUAUCAUUGGAUCAUCUCAUCGGUACGACGAAUCUUCUUCGGCCUUACAUGCACGGCUACUUUGUUGCACAGAAGCUAUACGAACAGGCUAAAUUGCUCGUGAACCCCGACAUUGCGGAACAACAGCGGCAGCGAAGUAUUCAAGAGAAGAUCGACAAGGAGCGGGAGAGCAGGAUUAGAGGAAGUAAAAAGAUGGCUGUCAAGGUCAAUAGGAAAUACGCGGAGAAGCUCGCCGCGCAAGAGGAAGCGCACGAGAGGAAGAAGGCACAGAGAGUACUUCGACAGGGCGGCGAUGAGCCUCGCAAGGAGAGUGACGGGACUGAAGGCGAAAAGAAGGCCGAGACGAAGCCACUGGUCGACCAGCGUUUCCGCGGCUUGUUUGAGAAUGAAGACUUCGAGAUUGACGAGACGAGUCGGGAGUUUGCCUUACACAAUCCAUCUUCAGUACCUUAUGCACCUACCGCGGCCAAGAAGCGCGGUCUCACGGCAGUUGAGGAAGAAGACCUGGACGAGAGGAGAGGAAGCGACGACUCCAACGAAGACGAAGAAUCCGACGAAGAGGAAGCCCAAAUUCAACAACGCCGCAAACCUGACGAACUUGAAUCUUCCAAGGGCCGAAUUGGCUCGACUUCCUACAAGAAGGGUGGUCACAGAUCCAAAGAACAAUGGGAGGCGCAGCGGAAUACCGGGCCUACUAUGCGUGUCUCCACGUCCACGCAAAAGAAAGUCCGACCUACUUCGUACAAUAAAUCCUUUGGCGAUCUUGCUUCCAGUAUACCGUCAAGACGGAGAUCAAAUGGUGCGGGGAGGAGCGACGACAAGCCGUUUGGGGAGAAGGAGGUUACAUUCGCGCCUUCGAAGCCGCAGAAGAAGCAGCAUCGGCGGCCGCAGCAAGAGACGGACGGUGGAGCUGAUGAUGGGAGAAAGGUCGGAAGAGGGAAAGAGAGGAGAAGCGCUAGUGGGAAUGUAUUCAGGAGGAUGUAA